CUAUAUACAGCUUAAUUACAUUAUUAUCGUGUCUCAUUGUAUUUUCGUCUUCCACCAUGCUCACGUACUGAAGUUGACGUACAUAUGCCAAUAAGGCAUCAGCCGAUGCUCUAAUAUUAUUAUGAAAAAUUAGACGCCUAACCUUUGACAUCGAAUAGGUUUCUGCAAUACGCCAACGCGCACGCACGGCCUGCAUCGAUAGCCUACACCCCAUGAUGUUGGUCUAUUUGCAUGGUCUAUCUAAAUCGUUGCUGAAAUCGCAGAUUGUGUCGGGUAAAAUGCCAACAUAACAUGCUUCAUCAGUGGAGCCUCGGACCCAUGUACUUUACAUGUUUUAUACAAACAGAAAUUAGCUGAUAUUUCCCAAAUCUGGUGCUGAAAUUAUUAUCUGGAAGAGAAUCAAAUCACUCGUCCGUCAUGGCUGACAACAACUUUUCAACGCCAUUUCUUUUGACCAUCUUUGUAGUGUUCAUAUUUCAGAUAGGACUUUUAAACGCUGAGAGAAAUUCAACAGAAAAUGAUGAAUGCGAAGUGAUUGGAGACGUAUCUCUAGAUGGAUGGAGAACUGGGACACGUAAAGGAGUUGUCUUCGUCUGUUUCGACAACGGCGGUACCCUCGAGUGGGGGGUUAUCUGCACCAGCUACACCUGGGACGAUUUUGAUGCAAAGGUAGUGUGUGGUCAGCUUGGAUAUGGGGGUUCAUCAAAAGCUGUUCAAAAUGCAGAGAUUGAAUUCCUGUCAGUGUUGUCGGCUUAUAAAUAUGUCGCCAUGGACAGCGUCCAGUGUAUCGGUAACGAGACGAGGUUACUUGACUGUAAGCAUGGCACAGUCUGCAAGAACCCAUGGUUUAUCAGCAACCUAGCUGGUGUCAAAUGUGAUGAUAAAGGUGACGAUAACGAUAGCAGCGGUGGUGUCAGCAAUGAUUCCGACGAUGGCAAAUUUGAUCAAUAUGACGAAAACCAAUUUGAUCAGUAUAACACAUGGGAUUCAGGAGAUGAUAGAAUAGUCACCAGCCGCACACAAAAGAAGUCCACCGUCGUUAUUUUGGUAGUCAUUGGUGUGAUCAUCAUUAUAAUUUCGGGGACAGUACGCUGGAUGAAAAGAUGCCAGCUCCAGGAAAGGCGGAAUAACCACGUCCCGAAUACUGUGGAGAACUUCCAAAUGGUGCCCCCUAACUAUCAAGUAGGGCAGCAUCCUCCUCCAGCAGGAAGUGCUUUCCCGAACUCACAGCAAAUGUACCCUCCUAAUAGCCAGACUGGACAAAUGAUGCCCCAGUCUUAUCCUACUCCUUACCCAGCAGGGGCACCCCAGCAUCCCCCUCCAGGAGGGACGAUACCCCCAUCCCAGCCAAAUCCUUAUCCACCUGAGGGACCCCCACAGUACCCUCCUGCUGGAAUGAUACCCCCCUCCCAGCCAAACCCUUAUCCAACUGGGGGACCCCCACAGUAUCCCCCUCCGUCCCAGCAAAAUCCUUACCCAACCGGGGGAUCCACACAGCAGUACCCGUAUCCUACUGCGAUGAUACCCUCAUCCCAAGCAAACCCUUACCCAAGUGGGGGAACCCCACAGUACCCACCUCCCAUCAAUGAUGGUACUGACUUGCCAAACUGUCCACCACCAUCUUAUGAUGACACCUAUACAAAUCAGAACCAGUAAUAGAAUGAACAUGAACAGAGUCUUGACCCAGAGGCGACAGAACUGGUAUCUAAGUGCAUGGAGACAAAGUCAUUAUGAACCAACUUUAAAAUCCUGGUUGUUGCGCGUGUCGUUGGGCACACUUGUUUUUCAAGGCACCCACGACUGGUGUUUUGGCAGAGUUUUGCCACAAGAGUGGUGCCCGUAGUCCAAAGGAGUUGACAGGCCUGAUACUUUGUCGAAACAAGGACGAGGCACUUUUGACAUUUCUGUAUGGGUAACCAAAGAGCACCAAGGCAAUAAAUGACCGGGGCAUGAGGGCAAUUGAAUUGCCUGUAGUUGCUUCGACGUAUACCAUUUCAAUUAAACAAAAUAAAAUUGAUCAGCACAAUUCACACUUUUGGCAUUUCAAAGGGUAACAUCAGGCAACACGACACUAUUGACUUGAGGCUACACUUUAUUCUAUAAAAACUACUUAUAGUGUUCAUGUAUUGUUGUGUUUUUCUUCUUCAAAGUGGAUUAUCGUGAGAGCAAUCUUUUGUACAUAAUUUGUACAAAAAUGUUCACUGUGUUUCUUGUUAAAAAAUGUUUUUGAAGUCCUUGAAAUUAAGGGAGUAAAGUUGUUGUUUCAGAUUUUUUAAGGAACUUUUGAGCGUUAAUUUGAAGUUGCUGGGAGACCCCCCCCCCCCCGUAAGUUUUUUGACAGAUAUUCAUCAAACGGAUUUCUUGCUGUGAAACCAACACCGUAAGUUAGCCUUAAGUCAAGGCGCACGCGGCACCCCCAGAUGUCACACGACACUGGUUCUUAUUGGCUAUAACACUCAUCACGCCAUUGCAUUAUGCAUUUUUCCAACCAAAAUCGGUAGCUGCCGCUGCGUGCACCUUGAAUAAAGGCUAACCGUGAGGUGGCUGGCGUACCUUUUCAGCGGUAGACUCCUUUUGCAAUUAUUGUGCUUAUUUCAUUAUUUAAGUUUUUUGUUCUUUAGCUUAGGUAGAGUCAAAUUUUGGUCUGUAUCAGCGUACUAAAUAUAAACAAAAUAUCAAAAACGAUACCAUAAAGGUCACAAAGUUUCAGUUCUGCUUGCUGAGACAACAGCACAAGCUGUCCAGAGAACACUCUAAUUAUUUUAAUUAAACGAUUUUUUUUAAUUUUCUAUAUAGCGGUAGGCUACACGCUGUAUGAAGACCUGAUGUGUUCCCAUAAGUUGUUCUUAGUUUAAAUAAGGCAGUUAAUUUAAAAUCACAUUAUAACAGAAAAGUGUGUGGAUCGUGGUUAUUGUGUUACUAUGGUUACACUGUAAAGGGAAGAUGCAGAUGAGAUAUACACCUUAAUGAUUAUUGUGUCUCAUGUAUGUCCUUCCUCGACCAUGCUGUCAUUUUUGUAACCAUUUUCUACAUAAAACGUCUACUCAACACAAAUAAUGAACAUGUCUUGCGAUAGUGAUAAAUACAGACUAAUGGAGAGCGAAGACAGAGGGGAGUUUCCCUCGCAUAAACGUCGGGCUGUCAACAAAGCGUGCUGACGUGAAACCCCUCCAAGAAAAAUGGAACGAUCCAAUGACGCAUCAGCGUGAAUCAUAAGCAGGGUGUUCGAAUAUUAUAAUGUUGGAAAUUUAAAAAAAAAUCAGCCGCCUAACCUUUGGCAUUGAAUGUAGAGUUCAGCA